AUGAUUUUCGCAUCUCGUUUGCUCUCUAUGAGUGCAUGGGCAGCGGUUGUCCUCCAGGCAACCGCUGUCCCCCAUGGCCCCUCAUACUUCGCAAACCUCCGCCGACAGCUGCAGGACCCCUGUGGCCCAGUUUCGCAGUACACGGAGAACCCCAGCGUCGAUAAAUGGAACCAGGCCGAUACCGACGCCUGGCUUGACAAAUGGUGGACCGUGAAUGCUGAGAGGCGGGCGAGCAAUCCACACGGUUUCGCCGGUGCUUUCGGUCAGUACGCACUAGGCCAGCCCGGCUGGUCGUGCCAGAACAACGGCAACGAUGGAAACUGCGAUAUCCCCAUUUGUGACAAUACCAAGCUUAACUCCCUCGGUAACAACACCGAGGAGGCGUACUAUGUGCUGCAGGCGCUCAACAAUAUCCACGGCUUCUUCGUCGGUCUAGAGCAGUCGUUCAAUAUCCCUGCCGUCGUCGCGGCUAUGGAGAACGAUGAGAUCGUGAACAACUUCUGGUACGACGAGAAUAACUGGGAUGGAACGCUCUUGAAGCAGCUCCUGAAUAUCCUCUCUACUGUGGUUGCCUUUAUUGCCGGUGGUUUGGCUGCGCCUGUUUUCACCCUCGGUGCUUUCCCCGCCAUUGCGGCAGCGUCUUCGGCCUUAGUUACUGGUGGAGUGAAUGCAGGCAAUAAUGCUCUUUCCUCGAUAGACUCGACCGACGUUACUCAGAGCAACCUCGGCCACAUGAUGGCGCAAGCAGUAGCUGCGAUUGCUAAAUCAUUCAUUGGCAUCAACAACGAGUUGAUGUACGGUCAUGGAUACGGACCAUCUAGCGAUGAUAUCCGCAAGUACCUUCAGGGUGGAGCCUGGGUCAACUAUCCGGGACUGCAGAAGGGCCAAGCUCAGGAUUUGCUGAUCUCUGUUAUGCAGUCAAUGAUGAUCAACUCUAUGUGGCGCAUGCAACGUGUGUUCAUUAUCGGCGGUGGAGCAUGCGGCGACGGCCAGGGCUUCGGCUCAGGUAUAUCUCCACCCGACGACAAUUAUAUCUGUGAGGAUGGCCGUGCCUGGUACCUAUACUUCUGGCAGAAGGAGGCCGGGUCAACAAGGAAGCGCCAGGGCUGGGUUUCUAGGCCCUGGGGAUCUGACCGCAUGGGCCCAUCUCCUCGGUUGGAACAAGAGAGUGGUAGCGGGCCAUUCUGGAAGAAGCUCAAGCCACAGGAUGCCAUCACUUCUUCUCUCAAGUCCUGGAGGGCUGCUGGAAACAACUACACCCAGUCGACCUUUACCGAUCACAUUGGUGGUAUGCUUGCAAAGGACACAAACAUUUACACGGAGGGUGCGACCAUGGAAGGCCUCUGGACUAUCCCCGUGUGCGAUAUCAGUAAACCCAUUGCCGACCCUAGCUGGAAAUACUCUAGGAAGGAGGACAUCCUCCAUCCUUACGGAUGGGACGAACGCCCAUACUGGUGCGGGCCGAUCUGUGAAGGCGACCCUGACAAGACAGUACAGUUCUACCAGGCCGCCAACUUCAAGGACGACUUUGACAAGCCGUUCCUUUCAGGCUGUGGGAAUCAGUAUAUCAACAACGGGAUUCGGGCUAGCGGCCUUUGGUGGGAUUGGACUACUGGCAAGACCUGGGUCAACAAUCGCCCGUACCACCAGGAUAAUUGA